UAUAAAUCAAGAUAAAUCAAAUAAAAGAUGUAUGGAGGUGGAGAUGAUGUUAGCGCCAUAGUAUUGGACGUUGGAACAUUCUCAACUAAAGGCGGCUAUGCUGGUGAAGACUCACCCAAAGCUGUUUUCCCAAGUGAUAUAGGUGUUGUAUAUAAAAAUGGAGAUGAUUCAGUUGUUGGAAUCUCAGAAUCAGAAAUUGGGGAAAAAGAAGAUAUAGACCAAGUUAAAAAAACUUAUUAUACAGGAACAAAUGCAAUUACAUAUAGAAGACCACACAUGGAGGUUAUUAAUCCUUUAUCAGAUGGUUUAAUUAAAAAUUGGGAUGCAAUGGAACAAAUUUGGAAUCACACAUUUUAUGAAAGAUUACAUAUCAAUCCAAUGGAUCAUCCAAUUUUAUUAGCUGAACCAUCUUUUAAUACCAGAGUAAUUAGAGAAAAAGUUUCAGAAAUAAUGUUUGAAAAGUAUCACACACCAGCAUUAUUCAUUUCAAAGAAUGCUGUUUUAUCUUCAUUUUCAAGCUCUAAAUCAACUUCAUUAGUUUUGGAUUCUGGUGGUGGCAUGACAUCAAUUACACCAGUAUUUGAAGGUUAUGUAGUUAAAAAUGGUAUUGUAAAAUCAAAUUUAGCAGGUAAUAAAUUAACAGAAGAGUAUUAUAAAGUUUUAUCAAGCAAAAACAUUACAAUCAAUCCAAUCAACUUAAUUAAAAAGGUUGAGAUUAAAGCUGGCGAAUUUAGUAUUACACCAUAUAAUAUUCCAACACUUACAGAAUCUUAUAAAAGAUAUGUUACAUUAGAAACUGUUAGAGAUAUAAAAGAAACCUCAUGUAGAGUUGCCGAUCGUGAUUUAGGUGAAGAAAUUAAUAUAGCUCAAGUACCAUAUGAAUUACCAGAUGGAAAUUUAUUAGAAAUUGGGUCAGAUAGAUUCCAAAUCCCAGAAUUAUUAUUUAAUCCAGCACCAUUAAAUGAACAACUUUUAGCUGCAUCAUCAUCAGCCGCUGCUGCACUUAAUGGUACAGAUACAACCACCACAAAUUCAACACCACAACAAUAUCAAGGUUUAGCUAAAAUGAUUAUUGAAUCACUUGAAAAGAGUGAUACCGAUAUCCGUAAAGAAUUAAUUAGUAAUCUUAUUCUUACUGGUGGUAAUACAUUAUUCACUGGCUUCCAAGAUAGAUUAGUUAGAGAUAUUUCAGAAAUUUCAUACAAUAAAGCUAAAAUCGUUUCAAAUCAAACAGAGAAAAAGAAUUCAGUUUGGAUUGGUGGAUCUAUUCUUGGAUCACUUGGUACAUUCCAACAAAUGUGGAUGAGUAAAUCAGAAUGGGAAGAAUAUGGUCGUCCAUUAGUUGAAAAGAAAUGUCCAUAAAUUAAAACAACAAAUAGAUAGAAAAAAAAAAAAAAAAAAAAAGUAAAAAUAAAAAUUAAUU